AUGGCUGAUAAACUUCACGAUAACGUGUCCCGAGUGAAGAGGUUCAAUGUUCUCGGAACAGCGACUUUCAUUGGCCUUCGCUCCGCAGACGUCGCUUUUCAAUAUACUCUUCUUAAUGACGGAUGGGCAUCAAAACUGGUGCAGACCCUGGGUGGACGAUCUGUGGAAUUGGCGCAACUGAACUCGGCUGCAGGCCUACAGCCAUAUUAUACAAUUAUCGCCAUGAUGGCCCUCGGUAGCAGCUUGAAGCAGAUCAUAACGAUGCUUGUCGUAUCGGAGCAAGACAUGCCAGUCUCAUCAGCCAUUGUCAUCUCUCUAUUCAAUACUGUCUUCAACUCCCUCAAUUCACUAUUCUCUGUCUGGAAUGUUACCUCGAGAUCUCCGCCGACGACUGGUUCUAUCGUCGAGUCACCAUCGGUUAUCGCUGGUCUCGGAUUCUACCUCAUCGGCAUUUCCGUUGAGCUGCUCUCAGAGCUCCAGCGCACAGCCUUUAAGAAGGACCCCGCCAACAAGGGCAAGCCUUACGCGGGAGGCUUAUUUUCCCUCGCCACACACAUCAACUAUGGCGCCUAUACUAUUUGGAGGGCUUCCUACGCCUAUACUUCAGGAGGUGGGUUGUGGGGGAUUCUUGUCGGACUGUUCUUCUUCUACGAUUUCGCGCAUCGUGGGGUGCCAGUUUUGGACGAAUACCUUUCCCAAAGAUUAGAAACGCGGCUAGCGAGCCUCGAGAGUAUUGUGAAAAGUUCUCGAGAUGAUAGGCUGAAGCGUACCUCAAACAACGAUGAUAUUAUUGAAUCAGUCCCCGAUGCCGAUGAAAGAGUUGAUGAUGCCGCUAGCAAAGCGAAUUCGCCAUUGAAUAAAGAAGCAGAGACAGAGUCUCCAACUCUGCCGUCGUUUGAGACGAGCCCCAUCGGGCGGAUACCCGGUGCUGGCUGUUUAGAAGAUCUGACCAAGAUCUAUUUUAACAAAUUGCACUACAAGGCGCCGAUGCUGCGCCGAACACGCUUCUUAUCAAAGGACUUGUCAUCUAAUAUGCGUCCACCAAUGUACUUGCAAUAUGUUAUCGCGGCAUUAGCAGCAGCUAUAGUGGACAACUAUCGCGAUCUGGCCUUGACAUUGUAUCACCAGGCUAAGUUAUAUAUAGAGGACGAAGAGUUGAAGGAUUUUAGGCCACAGCCUGUGACCCUAGCUCAAGCCCAAUUCUGGUGCUUGAUAUCUUAUUUUGAGUCGCAACAAAUGCUCUUCUCACGGGCCUCGACGAGUCUAAGUCGCAGCUUCCGAAUAGCUCAGAUGCUACGCUUGCAUCAACUUGAUGGAGAAGUGUCACCAAAUGUGGCAGAAACGAAGAACCGGCCUGAAUUAGAAGAAGCACGCCGUACAUGGUGGGUAAUAUUUUGCUCCGACCGCUUUGUUUCAGGAUCAACGGGGUGGCCUGCCAUGAUCAACGAUGAUGAUAUAUCCACCUUUCUCCCUGCGUCAGAAGAAGCCUUUGAGAGCGGUGUGGGGGAAUCGACAGGCUUCUUAGGCAAAACACUGCAAGCACGCUGCAACAAAUACUCGUCUUUUGCGGGGAGAGUGCUCGCUGCCCACCUGUUUUAUCAAAGUGCGAAACAUGUUUCAGAACCUUUGUUAGAUGAACAUGCUACAGACAUUCGCAAUGGCUCAUUCUGGACGCGACACACUAUGAUUGAUAACGACUUGGCGACUUUGUUGAUGCGUUUGCCGGAAAAUCUGCAGCUUCCAAAGAGUCUCCAAUGCCAGAACGCUCUCUUCACAAAUAUUAUGAUUCACACGACCAUUAUAUGCCUCAACCGGGCGGCUAUACGAGAGACACGACGAUUGGCUCUACCCUCCUCUCUAAUGAACCGCAGCCAAGCUCGGCUGAUGAGCGCGGCGGAAGAAAUCUUCAACAUCCUCCGGGAGAUAUCGGACAUGGACGGUGCGUUCAGUAAUCCAUUACUGGAAUAUUCCGCUUAUGUGGCUUCGUCCGUUUAUCUUGACAAGUCUAUUGGCGGGCUUAAAAGACAGGCAGAAUUUAACUUGACGUACCUCCUCCACAUCAUGAUAGCUCUCAGUAAAACCAAUGCAGUGGCUCGGUCGCUGGCAAAUCAGUUAGCAGAGGACAUGAAGAACAUUGGGCUAGAUUCUUCUGCAAUUGAACUAGCAAUCCAAUCGCCCAUGGCUCCCGCUCCAGUUCCAUUGUUUACAAACGAUGACUCUAAUUCGAUGAUUCUAUUCUGCUCCAACCAGAAUCAUUCUGGGUCGCAAGAUGUCACGCCCAUGCCGCCAGAUUCUAGAUCAACUGGUUCGACAAGAAGUGCCGAUAUGACAGACACGGCAAAUAUGACACCCCAAGUGCUAUGGGCUAGGGAAUCGGCCACCAGUCUUGCCACAGAUAUUGAACCACCAGUUCUCUGGGUCGAUAUGGGAUUCGAUAUGGGAUACGUGUGCUGA